UCGCCGCAUCUCUGCGACGGAUGCGCAAGGCUCGCGAGGAAAGGCGGGGGUGAGGCCUAUCGCAUCCAUUUGAUCUGGAUAUUGAACUUUGACGACAGCAUCGAUCAGCCGUCGCACACACACACAUACACACAUACACACACACACACACCCUCGGUUCGCUCUCUCUUUCUCUCGCUCUCUUUCUCUGUGCAAUUCAUGUCAAACAACCCCCCCUCACGCAAAACGGACGAACGAGCGACGAGGACAAACGAAGGGCCGCGUUCGGGGAACCACAGAGCCUGCGCAGUCAGUCGAUCCGGCGGCAGGCAAGCACACCGCACAGCACCCAUCUUACAGCGCCUCACCGCCAGCCUUUCGUCCAUCCCGCAUGCCGGCUGGCCAUUUGCUGAGGGGAUGGCGUCUUCCGGUCUCGUUCCUGGUCCGAGAGGCGCUGUACCACCACCAACAAGAAGCAAGCCGCUCCGUACCAGUUGUUGAGCAUAGAGUUUAGUUGGCUGGUUGUCUGCAUGCCGAGGGGGUCGAGAAGGAAAGUAGGUGUGCCGGCCAAGCUGCCGUGGCUGCAUCCAGCAUCGUCAGUCAACCUUUUUUUGCACACCGUCCGUCCUCAUCCGGCCCAUCGCAUCGAACCGAAUCGCACGGCAGCGCCCAUCGCGCAUCGCGCAUUGCAUCAGCGCCCGGAGGCCCUUCCGGCUCUCCUCCCUACGUACUUACCUUAUCGCCAAGACACGAUGCUCGACCAGGACUCUUUUUUUCUUUUUCUUUCUUUUUCUUUUUUUCAGUUUGCAAUUUACCAAAGGGGAUGGAUGCAAAGGCAAACAAGGGC